AAAGAGGGCGUCGCAGCCCCACUCUAACGAAAACUCGAUCUCCUUCGCCACCAAAUGAUGAGGUGGACGAGGAGUGGGUGGAGAAGCCCGCCGCGUCUGCUCCAUCGGUUUCUAAUGUCGGCUCGCAUGUCGUCGGUAGCAUGGGGCCACCACCGGUUCCCAAAGCUAUCUCUCACGACGAUGCAGGCGAGCUUGACGGGUCCGAUGACGAAAUGGGACCCCAGCCGGUGAUGAGAGCAAAUUCAUCAAAGAAACUCGACGAGCGCGCGUACGGUGGAGCUUUGCUUCGCGGCGAAGGUAGCGCCAUGGCAGCGUUCUUGCAGGACGGGACAGAUAUGCGCAUUCCACGUCGUGGUGAGAUCGGGUUGGACUCAGACGAGAUCGCGGCGUACGAGUCGGUCGGGUAUGUGAUGAGCGGAAGUCGACACCGACGCAUGAAUGCCGUCCGUAUGCGGAAGGAAAACCAAGUCAUCAGUGCCGAGGAGAAGAGAGGAAUCUUGAAACUGCAGCAGGAGGAGCGGGAGAGGAGGGAGGCAAUUUUGAGAGAGGAAUUCCAGGAGCUCUUGAACGACAAGCUCAAGGACACAGAAAUAGGAAGGGUUGGGUAAACUGGGUUGUGGGAUUCAUCAUAUGCUUGCUUCUAUUACUGA